AUGCCCCUCUUCCCCGCCUCCCUCAUCUCACCAGAGGUCGCCUCCUCCCUCCCAGAAGGCUUCACCAUCCGGCCCCUCGAAAAGGGAGACUACGCCAAGGGCUUCCUCGCAUGCCUCCACGAUCUCACCUGGACGGGGGACCAGACGGAGCACGAGUUCAACGAGCGCUACGACGAGAUGGACACGCACGGCAAGGGACCCUACUACUAUGUCGUCAUAGAGCACGCCGGGCGCAUCGUCGGCACGGGAGCCGUCGUCGUCGAAAAGAAGUUCAUCUGGAACCGCGCAAGCGUAGGCCACGUCGAGGAAAUCUGCAUCGCCAAGGCCUACCAGGCCAAGGGCCUUGGGCUCAAGAUGAUCAAUGCCCUCGACUCGGUGGCCAGGAAUGUCGGAUGCACCAAGAGCCUUCUCAACUGCGAUGCUGCAAAGAGCGGCUUCUACCGCAAGUGCGGGUAUGCGUCUGCCGGCAUGGAGAUGCAGCAUCCCUUCAAGAGCGACGAGCCGACGCAGUGA